CACCCAGUGGGUACACGGGAGCCCGGCCCAGCUUGGAGUUACUGUAGAGCCCAGGGGCCUACCCAGCGCCACAGGACUUGGAUGUACCAAGGACACGGAUGGCGACAGUGGGGCCGCGGACCGGGCCGAAUGCAGGGGCCGAAGCGCUGGCCCUGGCGGCAGAGCUCCAAGGAGAGGCGACAUGCUCUAUCUGCCUAGAGUUUUUCCGGGAACCGGUGUCGGUGGAGUGCGGUCACAGCUUCUGUCGCGCCUGCAUCAUGCGCUGCUGGGAGCGUCCCGGAGCGGGGACCGGCACCGUGACCCGCACGCUGCCCUGCCCGCUGCCCUGCCCUCAGUGCCGCGAGCCCGCGCGCCCCAGCCAGCUGCGGCCCAACCGACAGCUGGCCGCGGUGGCCUCGCUACUUCGGCGCUUCAGCCUACCCCCGACAGUCACCGGGGAGUGCGGGACCCCUGCGGUGGCGGCCGGGACGGCGGCUGCCCGGUGUUCGCAACACGGAGAGCUGCUUAAGCUCUACUGCCAAGACGACGGACGUGCCAUUUGCGUGGUGUGCGACCGCGCCCGCGAGCAUCGUGCGCACGCCGUGCUGCCACUGGAGGAGGCGGUGCAGGAGGCCAAGGAGCUGCUGGACUCCAGGCUGAGGGCCUUGAAGAAAGAACUGGAAGAGUAUGAAGUGUUCCGGUCCACCGAGGAGAGGGAGAGCAAGGAGCUUCUGAAGCAGAUGGCAGCAGAGAAAGAGAAGGUGGGGGCAGAAUUCCAGGCGCUGCGGGCCUUUCUGGUGGAGCAGGAGGGUCGGCUUCUAGGCCGACUGGAGGUGCUGUCCCGGGAAGUGACCCAGAAGCAGAAUGAGAACCUGGCCCACCUCGACGGUGAGAUCACUCAACUGUCCAAACUCAGCAGCCAGAUCCAGGAUACAGCUCAGAAACCGGAUCUAGACUUCCUCCAGGAAUUCAAAACCACACUAAGCAAGUGCAGCAGCCUGCCUGGCUCCAAGCCAACCACAGUCUCAUCUGAGAUGAAAAAUAAAGUGUGGAACGUCUCCCUCAAGAGUUUCGUCUUGAAAGGAUUGCUGAAGAAGUUCAAAGAGGAUCUCCAGGGAGAGCUGGAGAAAGAGGAGAAAGUGGAACUCACUUUGGACCCUGACACAGCCAACGCCCGCCUCAUCUUGUCCCUGGAUCUAAAGAGCGUGCGCCUAGGACAGCGUGCCCAGGACUUGCCUAAUCAUCCCCGCCGCUUUGAUACCAACACCCGCGUUUUGGCGUCCUGUGGUUUCUCCUCAGGGCGACAUCAUUGGGAGGUGGAAGUGGGCUCCAAGGAUGGCUGGGCCUUCGGUGUGGCCCGCGAGAGUGUGCGUCGCAAGGGCCUCACGCCCUUUACCCCUGAGGAGGGCGUCUGGGCAAUGCAACUCAACAAUGGGCAAUACUGGGCUGUGACCAGCCCGGAGAGGACGCCCCUCAACUGUGGACAUCUGUCACGGGUGAGGGUGGCUCUGGACCUGGAGGUGGGGGCGGUGUCCUUCUAUGCAGUGGAGGACAUGCGCCACCUCUACACCUUCCGAGUCAACUUCCAAGAGCGAGUGUUCCCCCUUUUCUCUGUUUGCUCCACUGGCACCUACUUGCGAAUCUGGCCUUGAAGAGCUGUCGGGCUUCCUUGGAGGAGUCAGGGCAGCCGCGGAGGGAACUCUCAUCUCUAAGACAGAGGUGUUCCAUCUUGGACUGUCCCUCCACACCUGUGACCCAGGCUAGAGGACUGUCAUAGAGUACAACAGAGUCUCUGAAAACUGACCGAGGAGAGACGCACUGUGGGGUAACCGCAAAGGGAAGAGAUGCUUCGGACCCUUGGGGCCUGCUCCCUUCUUGUAAUGUUUCUGCACAUUGUAUCUGAACUGUGGAGAGGUGGUGGCCCACUAGGACAAAUGCCCAGCUCUUAACAAGGGUGCUUCAAACCACAUGAAUUUACUCCUUGAUUUAGAAGGGUCCCUGUGCACACAUAACAGUGUCAAAGACUGGUACCCUUGCAAAAGGGUGUGCUUUGGCCCCGGACCCAUUGGGUUAUUAGUUUACAUUCGUGGCAGCUGCAGGCUCUGCCUGAAGAGGUCAUUGAGUCCUCCGGGUCCAGCUGGCCAGGCUGGGAUGUUUAUUUAGGGAGGAACGUUGUAGCUCCCGGCUCAGAAGCCAGUCUGGACUAGAUCUGGAAGGAAACUCUUGACCUAUGUACGAAGCCUGGACGACGGUGUACACCUAUAUACGUACAUUGCUGUUUUCCAUAGCCUGAUGUCCUUGAACACAGUGACUGGCGACGUGUGGUCACAGGUGCCUUAAGCUUCACGGUUUCCAUCGCUGUAUAUCUCCUUUGGGUAAAGAGAGCAAAAGGUUCUGGAAUUGUGAAACACAGGUUGAUAUUUAGGAGUUUACAGGUGGCAGUUUAACUAGCAAGGUGUAGAGAUACACAUGGCAUCAACUCGGUCCUGACAAACCCUUUCGGGAACUUAGUAACUCUGUGCAGACAGCAGAGAAGCCUGGUGGCCAGGAUUGCUGUGCCUCUCUUCCCGGAAGGGAGUUAAGCACCCCGGGCAAGUCUCCUUAUCUUCUUGGAUACAAAACAGGGCUUCUGGAAAGGCAGCAGUGUUCCCUGCGUCAUGCUCCCUUGGGAAGCAGCAGAGUGGAUAGAAAUACAGAUUUUGAACACAUUUCUAGGAGUGGUUGGACUUAUUCUGUUUUGACUGCAGGAGGCUGUGCCUGAGCAACGGCUUCAGCUAAUGUCAUGUGCUUGAGGUGUGUGAGCUUGUGUGCUUGUAUCUCAGAUUUGGGAUCAGGGUUUUGGAGGGGGCAUGUAUGAACAGCUGUAUAGGGGUUAGCUGCUGCAGACAUGGCUUCCCACUUACUGUGAAAUCAUUAGGAACAGAGUCGGGAUCCCAGCACUCAUGUAACAGGCAGCGAGCUCUGUAAAUAUCCAGGUCUCUAGCUUCAAGGGAUACUGUGAUGUCCUCUUUUGGUCUUUGUGUGCACACCCCAGAAUUAGUGCACUCAUGAGCAUAUACAUUCACACACACACACACACACACAAAAUUUCACUUCAAAGGGAUAAUUUAUUCUGGUGUGGAGACAUGACAGCCAGCCCUAACCUGAUAGCACUGCUCUAUCCCAGUCAACUAGCACACUUCCUCCAGGUUGAUCAAAUCUAUGUAAUAAUUUAUACAUCACUCCCCUAAUGUUUAGGGGAGUUAUCUUUAGUGUGGGAACUGCAGCCCCUAGUUAUGAUAUCCCUGCCCCUAUUUGAGGUGCUUAUCUGCAAAGAAAACAUAAUAAAUUCCCUCUGC